AUGCAAAUAUAUGUACCUGGUCUUAAUAAGGCUGCCAGAAAGAAGCUCAAAAGAAGUAUCUACAUCUGUAUAUCCAACUCCAAUUCACCAAACAGGAAGUACCUAUAUCCAUCUUCCAACAAAGUAUCCCGAGUUCCUCCCCCCUCCCCCAAUACUUCCCCGGUGAGACCGGGUUCACUCUCGCCGCGCCAAGACACCCAAAAAUAA